GGUUUUGUCACCAAAAACGGGCGAAAAUUACUCAUCCUCCAAUGUUUAACGUUGCAUCUGCCACACCCACGGAACGGCUGCUUUUGCGUUAUCUUGCUGCACAGACCAGCUUGUUGGGUGGGAAAGCCCACAAGACAACCGACGACAUUUGAUCCGAUCUCCAUCAGAAUGCCGUGCAGGAUAAAAACUUUGGUUGGACGUUCAAUUUGGCUACAACAGUGUCGCGACCGCAUUCAAUCUUGAUGCUCGAGGAAAUUGGAAUAUUUCUCGGUGUGGUAAUUUUCCGACAGUGAGGCUCAACAUCAAUGGAAGUGCUAAAUACAGCAACUGUGUCUCGCCAAGGUAGGCAACAGCCAACGACCCUAGCAAUCAUGGCCUGCGGCGUGUCGCCAAGAUAUCUCCAGGCAAUCCUUUGGGACGACGCCGUACUUGCCGCUGCAACAUAUAAUACGAUAGCAUCAAGCUCGUCACACCCGGAAGUCUCUUGACCUUUAAUCACAAACACUCUUCCAGUCUUGUUGAGGAAUUCACAUGGCCAAAAUGCAUCUCUCGUCAGGAAUCACUCUCGCUGUCGCGGUAUCCGCUCAAGCAAUUUCUAUACCACUGGCGCCACGCGACUCCCAACCCCAGUCGCGGGCCUCAAUGUGGAAGCCAGCCGUGGGGACGACGUGGCAGAUAGUCCUCAAGCACCCGCUCACCAUCAACCCGCAGUCUCCCGCAGUCGAGCCCAGCCAUGUCGACGUGUACGACAUUGACCUGUUUGACAACACCAAGAACGGCACCGACGGCUCGACCAUCGCGGCGCUGCACUCGCUCGGCAAAAAGGUCAUUUGCUACUUUAGCGCGGGCACGUACGAGGGUUGGCGUCCCGACGCGGGGGAUUUCAAGGCCGCGGACAAGGGCAACAGGAUGAAUAACUGGAACGAGACUUGGCUCAACAUCAACAGUCCUGAUAUCCGGGAUGUGAUGGCCAAGAGGAUCAAGAUUGCUGCGGAUGUGGGAUGCGAUGCGAUUGACCCGGACAACGUUGACGGCUAUCUCGAGGCCCCAGUCAACGACCAAGGCCCGUCCACGUUCCGCCUCGACAAGGCCUCCACCGCCAGUUUUGUCAAGUUCUUGUCCGCCGAGGCGGCCAAGUACAAAAUGUCGACGGGGCUGAAGAACGCGGCCGAGGUGAUUGACGACGUCAUCUCGGACGUUCACUUUUCCGUCAACGAGGAGUGCGCCGCCUGGAAGGAGUGCAACAUGUUUCUCAAGUUCAUCGAGGCCGGCAAGCCAGUGUUCCACAUCGAGUACCCAGCCGGCAUGGAAAAGGACGCCGACGAGACGCCCCUAAAGGAUCUUGGCAAGUGGUGUCGAAAGAGUCCGGACUGGAGCGGGCCGGAUGUGGACAUUUCCAAGAUGAAUCUUCAAUUGAACGGGUGGGUUCAAUAUUGCGAUGGCAAGACGUUCAAGACACCUAGGGGAUAA